ACGCUAGGAUUUUGCGUCGGCCCACGUGUAUUAUUACACUGCAGGGCUCAUGGAGGAGAGGAAUAUAGCGCUUGUGUGGGCCUGAGACGCGCGGCGCCGGAGUCAAGAGUCGCCGAUCUCUGAAACGACCGGCGCGGGGAUUGGGGACAUGGCGAGCGGAAGCGGGAGAGGGAUACUGGAGAGCUUUAUGCGGGAUAUCUCCCUCAAAUCCCUCUUCAGCGGCGGCAGCGGGCGGAGGAAGGUCGCGGAGGACGACCCCGCCCCCAUUCCCCAGCUCUCCCCCAUCGCAAACUCCGUCGUCUCUCGCUGCUCCAGGAUUCUUCUCCUCUCAACAGAGAAGUUGCAGCAGUGUUUUGAGACUGAGUUGCCUGCUGAGGUCAAGCAACCCACCGUGUAUGCAAGACAUUUAUUAGAGUACUGCUGUUAUAAAGCUCUUCAAGUGUUGACUGAUCGUCCAGAAUAUUUGGCUGAUAAAGAUUUUCAUCGCUUAACAUAUGACAUGAUGCUUGCUUGGGAAGCCCCUGGUGAAGGAAAUAAAUCUUUAUCAAAAGGAACCACUUCUUGUAACCAUUUAGAAGUUGAGGAUGAGGAUGGGGCAUCGCUCUUUUAUACAAAUUCUACAUGCAUAGCUGUUCAGGUCGAUGACAAGAAAACUGUUGGACUAGAAGCUUUUGCCCGAAUAGCUUCUGCUUGUCCUGCAAUAGCUGAUUUGAUCACUGUUCACAACCUCUGUGAUGCACUUACAAUCUCAUCAAGUGGUCAGCUCCAUUUUCUCAUCUAUGACAAGUACCUCAAAAGCCUAGACAAGGUGCUCAAAUCUGCAAAAUGCAUAAUAUGGUCGCCACUUGCUUCAAGCCUUCACCUUUCUGAUGGAGAAAUGAUCUUAGAUGUUGAUGGUGUUAUGCCCACUCAAUCUGUUCUGCAACACGUAGGAAUAUCUGCAUGGCCAGGACGGUUGACCAUUACCACCCAUGCUCUUUACUUUGAGUCCUUAGGAGUGGGUUCGUAUGACAAAGCUCUCAGAUAUGAUUUAGCAGCAGAUUUAAAGCAGGUUGUAAAGCGUGAAUUGACUGGACCAUUGGGUGCUCGCCUCUUUGAUAAGGCUGUGAUGUAUAAGUCAACCUCUCUAGCAGAGCCUGUUUAUUUUGAGUUUCCUGAAUUUAAAGGUCAUUCACGCAGAGAUUACUGGUUGGCAAUAAUUCAAGAAGUCUUACAGGUGCAUAGAUUCAUCAGAAAGUUCAAUCUUGAAGAAAUUCAACAGGGAGAAGUUCUUUCAAUGGCCGCUCUAGGCAUCUUCAGAUACCGUGCUGUGAAAGAAGGUUUCCAUAUUACUCCCCAUCACUUUAAGAUGACACUUGCUUUUAACUUAGCUGAAAAAUUACCAAAAGGUGACAUUAUCUUGGAUGCUCUAUAUAAUCACCUGGAACUGCUGCAUACUGGAUGCCAGAGCCAUUUUGCUAGUGAUUCUUCAUCUGAUAAAAAGUUGCGGGCUCUUCCUUUACCAUCUUCAUCAUAUACACUUUCUAAAAUGGGGUUACUGAAAAGGAAUUAUAUGAUUAACGAAAGAGAUUUCCUUGUUGCCGAUGUCUGCAUUGGUGCAACAAGUCCUUUAGAGAUGGCUGUAAAAGAGUCGUUUUGUUACUCUGAAAGAGCUGAGGCAGCAUGUGCAACAGUGGAUCAGGUGAAAGUGGAAGGGAUUGAUAGAAACAUAGCUGUGAUGCAGGAACUACUUUACCCAGUUGUCGAAUCUGGCAAAUGGCUUCACUUUCUAGCCACAUGGGAAGAUCCUUUUAGAUCAACAUUCUUCUUGGUUUUGAUUCUUUAUCUUGCUUACAGGGAUUGGGUCAGGUACAUAUUGCCUUGCAUUUUCUUAUCUCUCGCCGUUCUUAUGCUUUGGCACAAAUACUGCAGCAAAAGGAAACCACUGGGGGCUUUUCAGAUCAAAUCUCCCCCUACUAAGAAUGCAGUUGAGCAACUUUUGACUUUGCAAGAUGCAAUUGCCAAAGUUGAAAUUCUUAUGCAGGCAGGAAAUAUUAUUCUUCUCAAGUUAAGAUCUCUCUUGUUUGCAGCAAUCCCGAAGGCCACUGACAAGGUUGCAUUCGCAUUGAUCAUGGUAGCAGCAUUGAUUGCCAUUGUUUCUUUUAAGCAUCUGAUAAUAUUGGUGGUCCUUGAGGCAUACUCAAGGGAGAUGCCAUUGAGGAAAAAGAGCAGUGACAAGUUGAUGAGGAGACUAAAGGAGUGAUGGGCACGCAUACCAGCAGCCCCUGUUCAGCUCAUCAGAUCAGAAGAUAACAAGAAAAGGAAAUGAAAGAUGAUCUUUUUUGUGAAAUCUGCCAUCAUAUUUUUCCUCAAUUUCUGAGCUUAUCAUCGAGUAAUCUUUUCUUCCAUUUUUCCAUUUGUGUUGUAUUUUUGUACAUAGAUGUUUGCUGGAAGGAAAUGUGGGAUGCUGGCAUAAUAGUAUAUAAUUUUGAGGUGUUCCUGCCAUGUCAUACGGACGACAAUAGUCUCUAAAGUUACAGGUGAGGGAAUUUUUUGAAUAUAGCUUUGUCUGAGAGGGUCCAGUAUUGUUCCAUUUCACUCGUGUAAUUUUUUUUCCAUCACCCCUUCGAGCCUUCACAUAAAUCAGGCUGACUUGCCUAGCAAACAAUAUGUAUAGGGGCUGUUGUUUUUUAUAUUUCAACAAUAACAGUUCUGCUGAAAUCAAAAAUCAAGUUGGAAGCAAUUAGCUGGUUUAAUAGGAA